UUGAGUGACACAUUGUGCCGGCGUUAGAUAACAUCAUCAUGUUUCCGCUGUGGGCGUUGGCCAUCGUGCUGGUGUUGCUGUACCGCUGGAGUACAUCGACGUUCGAUUAUUUCGAGAAACGCAAGAUUCCUUACGUCAAACCGGUGCCAUUUUUCGGGCAAGUGUUGUCCUUCUUCGUGCAGCAGAAGCACGCGGUCGAUGUAGCCUCCGAGGGAUACAAGAUGUUCCCGAAUACGCGCAUCUCGGGCGUGUUUACGUUGCGUACACCCGCCUAUCUGGUGCACGAUCCGGUGCUGUAUAAACAGAUGGCCAUCAAGGACUUUGACCAUUUUACCGACCAUGUGACGCAGCUAUCGCUCGAGGAUGAUCCACUGCUGGCCCGGUCUCUGUUUUUCACGAAUGGCUCUCGGUGGCGCCAUCAUCGACACGGCAUGAGCCCUGCUUUCACCGGUAGCAAGAUGCGCAACAUGUUCGUGCUGCUGUCACAGUGUGUUGGUAACGCAAUGGAACGAUUGGAGAAGAUCACGCAGAAGAAACCAGCAACGAUGGAGCUACGGGAUCUGUACUCGCGACUCGGUAAUGAUGUGAUGACUUCGAUCUCGUUCGGCGUGGAGGUGGAUUCGCUCACCGAUCGGAACAAUAUUUUCUACCUGAAGGGCAAACGGCUGGCCCAGAUCGAUGGUUUACCAGGACUGAAGUUUGUAAUGUCCACUAUCGUCCCUUGGUUUUUCCGCUGGCUGCACAUCGGAUUGCUGUACAAGGAUGUGAAUGAGUUUUAUCUUGACGAGACGUCGAAGAACAUCCGCUAUCGUCAGACGAAUAAAAUUACGCGACCUGAUUUUGUGCAGAUUCUGUUGCAGGCACGCGAGAACGAGCUUAGCUCCGAUAAGGCCGAAGAUGAGGCACUCGAAAAUGCAGGAUUCUCUACCGCCACGACACACACCGUGGUGCCGAAGGAUGGAGUGAAGCUGAAAUGGGAGGAUAUCGAUAUUACGGCUGCCGGUGCAUCGUUCUUCUUCGGUGGUAUCGAAACGACGACGACAUUGCUGUGCUUUACCAGCUACGAGCUGGCGGUGAAUCCUGCGAUCCAGAGCCGAUUGAGAGAGGAAAUCGAUGAAGUCCGCGAGGGACUACCGGAUGGGAAGACACCGACGUACGAGGUGCUGCAGAAGAUGAAGUACCUCGAUAUGGUCGUAUCGGAGACACUCCGUCGCUGGACCCCAUUGGGACUCACCAAUCGUCGAUGCACGAAGGAUUACACUUUCACCAACAGCGACGGAAAUGUGAUCACGAUCGAGAGGGGUCACACCAUCUCGAUCCCACUGAAGUCAUUCCAUUUGGAUGAGAAAUACUUCCCCGAUCCGCUGCGUUUCGAUCCCGAGCGUUUCGAGGAUCCUAGUGGGAUCAAUCAGGAUGCAUAUGUACCGUUUGGCACGGGAAUGCGUAACUGUAUCGGUUCUCGGUUGGCACUGAUGCAGGCCAAAUGUAUCCUGUUCUAUAUGCUCUCGAACUACAGCUUCGAACCCGACACCAAGCUCACCGUUCCAAUUGUGAUCGACGAAAAGUCUGCUGGAUUGAAUGCGAAGCAUGGUUUCUGGGUGAACUUGGUACCGCGAAAAGUCUAGCGCACGAUAAGAUAAGCGUGAUAAUGAUGACGAUAAGCGAUGGCCUUACAUGGGCUUGCUCGAUUUUUUGCCAGCUAACCAAAGGCUAGUGCUUUGUGAUGCUCGAUAGUAGAAGCAACUCCUGUU